AUGUCCAAGGAAGUGGCAGAAGAUAUAUGCAGUUCGUUGGGUGAGGUGUGCUUUUCGGAAACUCAUCCAACAGAGGUAGGAGGAUGUUGUGUGCGUGUGAGGGUCAAAGUGGAUGUGACACAACCAUUAUGCCGGGGAAGAUUAGUUAAUCUAGAAGAAGGUGAUCGAGUAUGGGUCUCCUUCAAAUAUGAAAGAUUACUCAUCAUAUGUUACUGGUGUGGGUGCCUUGAUCAUGAUGAGAAAGAUUGCCAUUUGUGGAUUGAAAGUAAGGGUUCUCUUAAACCCCAGGAUAAACAAUUUGGACCUUUUAUGCGUGCUUCUCAGAUAGGCAACAUCAAAAAAUCUGUUGUUCAUGUAUCAGGCUUCUUUGAAGACAGAGGGGGUCAUAAAUCAAAUGGGGAGAGGUCACAGGCGAACUCAAGUGCUCAAACGGAUACUUCAUCAUCACCGGAAAACUCUGGCCAUCCUCCCUCUAGAGAAUAA